UGAUAAAUUAUUAAUGAAUCCAAUUAAUAGAAGUUACUAUCAACUAAAUGCAUCUAACAUUUUGUCAACAAAGAGAGUUCCAAGUCUGACUCCACCAAAAAAUUAUCCAAGCAGUGUUUCAAAGGAAAAAAUGUAUUAAAUCAAUUGAUUUGUUAGAACUAAAUAAGUUAAGGAUAAGGCAAUUAGUGGUAACAGUUAAUAAAAAAGUGAUGUUUUCAAUUUGCCUAUGUAAAAUACUCUGUUUUUAUAAUAAUAAAAUGCCAUCUUAUCGGCAAGGAAAGCAACAAUAAAUUUAAGUGACAGUUCAGACAAAUUAAGAAAAACAUCUCCAAAUGAUAAGUAUAAUAUCUUAAUAAUAAAAGAUCUCCCAUCAAUCCUAGGUUGUCUACUUUAUAAAAAAAUAAACAAAUUAGCAUCUCUCAAUCGUAAUAAGCAAUUGCAUAAGUUUUGGCUAAAAUGUAAGAGAAUGAUAAUAUAUCUUACAUGAACAAACAAUGUAUUAAUACAAUUUAAGUUAGUGUAUCAUAAUCCUGAAAUUGAAUCGACUUAAAAAAGUACUAUUAACAGUAGAGAAUAUACUAACAAUUCCUCUAAACAUAAAACAGAAGAUUAUUAAAAACUGUAAAGAGAGAAUUAGAUUCUCUAACGGAAAGUAUUUGAACUUGAAUAAAAAGUAAUUUAGUUUGAUUUAUCAUUAAAGAUUUCUGCUUUAGAAUCAGUGAAUCAAUAAUUACUUAGUUUAGUUAAAUAAUGUGAUUGCCAUUAAACUUAAUUACGAGAAUUAGAAAUUACUAUCUGUAAUUUGAAUUAUCUAAAGGAAACAGUGAAUCCAAUUUAAAUUUAAAAUAUAACAUCUCUAGAUUUGUAAUCAAAUACAGAAUUAAAAAAAAAACUCUCUUAUUCUUAAGAUUAUUCAGAAAUUAAGCCAUAAAAUUUGUUUACUAAUCAUAAUUCUACCAAAAUGAUUGAAUAAUUUAUAGAAUAGCAUUAACUAAAUCAAACAGAGCUGAAUGUUUUUAAAGAUUUGACCAAAAAAAUGGAUGAUAAAUAAUAACCUAUACCAACUGUACUUAAAGCGUUAUCUUUAGUUAUUAAUGUAUGA